CUAAAAGUACAAACACUUGUAAUUUAUUUAAGUCUUACACUUGUGAUAAAGAAUAGUUUGAUAAAAAGUGGAAAAGUUCAUAAUCAACCAAGAAGUUGUUCACGACAGUUAUUAUUGCUGGUUCAAGGAAAACGUGUUUGUAAUAAUUACACACAAAUAAUAAAGUUGUUAAUAAAGUGAACACAAAUAACAUUCAAAUGAAUUAUGAUGAAAUUCUUCCACAUUUAUCGCGUGGUAAUUUUGGAAAAUAUCAGAAGAGAGUUUACAUCUUGUUAUGCAUUCCGGCUUUAGUGACAGCUUUUCAUUUAUUGGGCGGAGUGUUUCUUGUUAAUCUUCCGGAUCAUCGAUGCAAGUUAGAUGGAGAAUUGUCAAAUUCAUCUUUUCAUUUACCUGCUGAUGUUUGGAAUUCUUCAUUUCCAUUUGAUAAAGAGAAAAAAGCUUAUUCGAAGUGUGAAUAUUUUAGUUCAGAUUCAAAUGAAUCUGUGAAAUGUUCCGAGUUCAUUUGGGAUUCAUCGAAAGUGAAAUCGUCAGCUGUUAAAUCAUUUUCAUUAGUUUGUGAUAAAAAUGUUCUGAGAGCUUCAGCUGACUCGAUGUUAAUGCUGGGAUUGCUUUUUGGAAGUUACAUUUUUGGUGAUUUAUCUGAUAAAUAUGGAAGACGACCGACUUUAAUUCUGGCGUUUCUGGUGCAAGAAGUUUUCGGAUUUCUUGCUGCCAUAUCACCAGAAUUCUUUUCUUUUGCGAUUUGUCGAAUGUUUGUUGGAGGGGCUACGAGUGGCAUUUAUCUUGUUGGAUAUUGCAUUUGCCUCGAAAUGGUUGAUAAAGAAUCUCGACUCAAUGCUGGAACUUACAUCAUGAUGUCAUUUUCUUUUGGUUACGUUGUACUCGGAUUGCUUGCAUAUUUCAUUCAUGACUGGAGAUGGCUUCAAGUGGCUUUGACCUUGCCUGGCAUACUUUUCUUAUCUUAUUGGUGGAUCAUUCCUGAAUCAACUCGAUGGCUUUUAGCAAACAAUCAAAAGGAAAAUGCAAUCGCACAGAUUGAGAAGAUCGCAAGAGUCAACAACUUGACAGUGCCAAGAAGAUUGCUGGAGAAAUUAGAAGCUGAACCUGAGACUUUUGACAGCGGAAAGAAACAUUCAGUGUUCGAUUUAUUUAAGACACCAAAUCUGCGAACCAAAUCAAUUCUCAUAUUUUACAAUUGGUUUGCCAUUUCCGCUUGUUACUAUGGAUUGUCAUGGGGAUCAGGCAGCCUAGUAGGAAAUCAAAUUCUCAACUUUAUUCUCAGUGGUCUCGUGGAAAUUCCUGCUUAUUAUUUUCUGAUCUUGACACUCAAUCGAUGGGGACGAAAAUUAAUUAUGUCAGGCAGCAUGAUUUGUGCUGGUGCAGUUCUUUUACUUUCUCUUUUCAUUCCCGAGACGUGGACUUGGCUGGUUCUAACUUUAUCCAUGUUGGGAAAAAUGAGUAUCACUGCAAGUUUUGGCACAGUUUAUUUGUUCUCCACUGAACAGUUCCCGACAGUCAUCAGAAAUGCCGCACUUGGAGCUUGCAGCAUGUCGGCAAGAAUCGGAGGGAUUUCGGCUCCAUUUGUUAUUCAUCUGUCGCAAUCAUGGAAACCAGCACCUUUCGUCAUCUUCGGUGUAACUGCAUUCGUUGGCGGAGUUUUUUCAACAUUUUUACCAGAAACUCGUAACAGGGAACUUCCAGAAACACUCGAUGAUGCAGAGCGAAUUUAGGUUUCAUAGUAAAAGUUUAAGCUUAAGAAUCAUUUUGUAAAUUGAUUGAUUCAAAUCUGGGUUUGAUCUUUAGGGUGUUGUUGGUCAGUAUUUUUUAUUUAAUUUCUUUUACUGCGUUUCGUAAUGUUUUUCAUACUUUUAAAACAUAACUUAUGCAAUCUUAUUUUAGUUCUAAUUAACAAGAAUGAAAGUGGUUCGUUAUUUUUAAUUCAAUUUUUUAGUUCUUAUUUGCAAAUAAAAUAAUAAAAUAAUAAAAUAAGAUAGAAAUUAAUAAAUAAAUUUGUAACAUUUGGAAUUUAAAUGAA